CAGCCCGCGGGUCCUCGCAGGGGGCGGGGCACGUCAGCCCGGAAGAGACGCCGCGCCGCGCAUGCCCCUUCUUUUCGGCCCGGGUCCCGGACGUAGUAGCUGCAGAGAUGUUGAUGCCCAAGAAGAACCGAAUUGCCAUUUAUGAACUCCUUUUCAAGGAGGGAGUGAUGGUGGCCAAGAAGGAUGUCCACAUGCCUAAACACCCUGAGCUGGCAGACAAGAAUGUGCCCAAUCUUCACGUCAUGAAAGCCAUGCAGUCUCUCAAAUCACGAGGCUACGUAAAGGAACAGUUUGCCUGGAGACAUUUCUAUUGGUACCUUACCAACGAGGGUAUCCAGUAUCUUCGUGAUUACCUCCACCUGCCCCCUGAGAUCGUGCCUGCCACUCUGCGUCGCAGCCGUCCUGAGACCGGCAGGCCGCGGCCGAAAGGUCUGGAAGGAGAGCGGCCUGCAAGACUCACACGAGGGGAAGCUGACAGAGACACCUACAGACGAAGCGCUGUGCCCCCUGGUGCCGACAAGAAAGCUGAGGCCGGGGCUGGGUCAGCAACUGAAUUCCAGUUUAGAGGCGGCCCCACCCCCCCACCAGGGCAGGGGUCUAGUCUGGUUUGUACCUGGGACCCCUUACUGCUAUGGACACAGCCCUUUAAAAGCCCUGGGCUGGGUGCCAGGACCCAGAAUCCCUUUCCCUCUCUAGGCCUGGAUAGAGGGAUGAUGUCCCACCAUGCCCGGCUCUGGUCAGCCAGAGCCGUCUUUCCACGGUGAGUGCCCAGGAGGAAC